UCACACUUUCUUUUCUUUCUUAAAGAUAAACAAACCAUUAACACUUUCCACAAAUUCUGCAUUGUAUUGAUGAAGCAAAAUCAAUUAUUCAUGAGUUGGUUGCUUCUUUGUAUCCAUCUUUUGUUUUUCCAAUUUCCAUCCUUUUCUUCCUCUUUCAAUUUCUUAUGUCAUCAUGAUGAGAGUGAUGCUUUGCUUCAGUUCAAAUCCUCCUUCACUUUAUUACCUGAUUAUGAUUUUGGAUUCGGUUGUUUUGGCGAUGAUUGUUGUUCUUAUUAUCAUCUGAAAACAGCAACAUGGAAAAAUGGAAGUGAUUGUUGUUCAUGGAAUGGUGUCACAUGUGACACCAUCUCCGGUCACGUGGUUGGUCUCAACCUUGGCUGCGAAGGCAUUCAAGGUAUAUUACAUCCUAACAGUACUCUUUUCUAUCUUACUCACCUUCGAACACUCGACCUUUCUAACAUUGAUUUCACCGACUCUCAAUUUCAAUCUCAUCUUCAUUUUAAGUUUGGUAGGUUUCUAAGUCUUACACAUCUUGACUUAUCUGCUUGUUACUUUCAAGGUGAAGUUCCUAUUCAAAUCUCACAUCUUUCCAAAUUAGAAUCACUUCGUCUCUCUGGGAAUGUCGAGUUAGUUUGGAGAGAGACUACCUUGAAGAGACUUGUACAAAAUGCAACAAAUUUAAAAGAGCUAUAUUUGGAUCAAACAAACAUGUCUUCAAUAAGACCAAAUUCCAUGGAAUUUCUCUUUAAUCAAUCUUCCUCUUUGGUUACUCUUAAUCUUCAACAAUCAGGAUUAAGUGGAAAAUUGAAAAAGAGUCUUCUUUGUUUACCAAAUAUUCAGGAGCUAGAUAUGUCAGAAAAUGAUAACCUUAAAGGCCAACUUCUAGAAUUGAGUUGCAGCAUUUCUCUAAGAAUCUUGAGUCUCUCAGAUUGUCUAUUCAAAGGGCCAAUUCCUGUAUCUUUUUCUAACUUCACACACCUUACUUCCUUAUCUAUUUCAAACAAUAAUCUUAAUGGUUCAAUCCCAUCGUCACUUUUAACUCUUCCACGUCUAACUUAUCUUAGUGUUUAUGACAAUGAUCUUAAUGGUCAAAUCCCAAAUGUAUUUCCUAAGUCAAAUAGAUUUCAAUAUUUAUACUUGCAUAACAACAAAAUCGGAGGUCUAAUUCCAACGUCACUUUCAAACCUGCAACAACUUACUGACUUUAGCCUUUCAAACAAUUUUUUUUCCGGUAAAAUCCCAGAUGUGUUUGGUAGGAUGACUGAACUUCAAUACCUCUCUCUAGAUUCAAACAAUUUAGAAGGACAAAUUCCAUCUUCAUUAUUCACUCUGACUCAACUUGAUACAUUAGACUGUUCUUAUAACAAAUUAGAGGGCCCCCUGCCCAGCAAAAUUACAGGGUUUCGAAAGCUAAUUAGGUUGAAAUUAAAUGACAACUUGCUAAAUGGAACAAUUCCUCCCUCCUUUUUAUCUUUGCCUUCUUUGGUAGAUUUAAAUCUAACAAAUAAUCGACUAACAGGACAUAUCAGUGCAAUCUCAUCGUAUUCGUUAGAGACACUAUCUCUAUGCGGCAACCAGCUACAAGGCAAUAUUCCAGAUUCAAUUUUCAACCUUGCAAACCUAUAUACACUAUGUCUAUCAUCAAACAACUUGAGUGGAAAAUUCUCAAAUUUGGUUUCUCUUGAUUUGUCCAAUAACAAACUUAAUGGAAGGGUGCCCAGUUGGUUGAUCGAAACAUCGGCAUCUUUGAACCUCUCUCAGAAUUGUUUCACUUCAAUUGACCAAAUCUCAAGGAAUAUUGACCGCCUUGCAGUCCUUGAUCUUAGUUUUAACUUACUGCAUGGUGAACUCUCUAUGUCAAUUUGUAAUACAACUUCCCUUCAAUUACUCAAUUUGGCACACAAUCAGUUGAAUGGUAACAUUCCACAAUGUCUUUCAAAUUUACCCUCCCUUAACAUUUUGGAUCUACAAAUGAACAAAUUUCAUGGAACUUUGCCAAGUAACUUUUCAAAAGAAAGUAUGCUUCGCACUUUGAAUCUCUAUGGCAAUCAAUUAGAAGGGACAUUGCCUAAUUCUUUAUCCAACUGCACAUAUCUGGAAUUAUUAAAUCUUGGCAACAACAAAAUACAAGACAAAUUUCCUGACUGGCUUCAAACUCUGCCAUAUUUGAAUGUACUGGUUUUUCGAGACAAUAAGUUGUACGGUCCCAUUGCAAAUAUAAAGAUCAAGCAUCCAUUUCCAAAUUUAAUCAUUUUUUAUAUCUCAGGCAAUAACUUUAGUGGUCCACUACCAAAAGCUUAUUUAAAAAAUUAUGAAGCCAUGAUGAUUGUUCCACAAGUCGGAGAGAAGACCAAUUUGCAAUACAUGGACAUGUACAGGUUGAAUUCUACUGAUUACUAUGAUUCUGUGACUAUUGCAACAAAAGGGAUCAAUAUAACACUAGUGAAAAUUCCAACAAUCUUUGUAAGUAUUGAUUUGUCAAGAAACAAAUUUGAAGGAGAGAUACCAUAUGUUAUUGGAGAGCUUGGUGCACUCAAAGGGCUUAACCUUUCCCAUAACAGACUCAAUGGUCCUAUUCCUCAAUCCAUAGGAAACUUGACAAACUUGGAAUCGCUGGAUCUCUCGUCAAAUAUGCUCACCGGUGUGAUUCCUUCGGAAUUAACGAAUCUUAACAGUCUUGAAGUCUUGGAUCUUUCCAAUAACCAUCUUGUGGGAGAAAUACCUCAAGGAAAGCAAUUCAACACAUUUACAAAUGAUUCAUAUGAAGGAAACUUGGGGUUAUGUGGAAUUCCAUUAUCAAAGAAAUGUGGACCUGAACAACAUUCUCCACCUUCAGCCAACAAGUUUUGGAGUGAAGAGAAAUUUGGAUUUGGAUGGAAAGCAGUGGCAAUUGGAUAUGGAUGUGGAUUUGUGAUUGGAAUAGGCAUUGGAUAUUUUGUGUUUUUAAUUGGAAAGCCAAGAUGGCUUGUGAUGAUAUUUGGUGGGCAGCCUAAGAGAAGAGUGAAUAGGAGAAGGACAAGGCUGAGGAGGACCAAUGUUUCAACUCAGAUGGUGCAAAUGUCAUAGUUUCAUUUUUGUGGUUAUUUUCUGUAUUGUGUGUUACUUUUUACUUUCUUAGUGUUACAAUCACAUCACUCUGGUUUAAUAUAGCUAGUUUGAUUUUGGGCUGUAAGUUUGUACUUUGAAUGUAUUUUGUGUUUUUAAUUAAUAAAAUUGCAAGUUUAUACA